AUGGAAUCUCGGAAAUUAGCCGCAAUACUUUCAUCCCUGAUAUCGCAGCUCCUCCUCUUGCUCCUCCACAUUUUACCACGCAAUUCCCCUCUCCCGAAUUCCUCUCAUUCCCUUAUCCCACUCCUUCUUUUCUCCCACCAACUCACCACAACGCUCUCCCUUUCCCUCUCUCGCAAACGCAAACGCAAACGCAAACGCGAUUCUCAAGAUGCUAAUCCCCUCAUCCGCUCUCCCGACUCCUUCCGCAACUCCUUCAUGAUGACCUCCUCCACCUUCCAAUGGCUCUCCGGCCUCCUCGAGCCCCUCCUCGACUGCCGUGACCCCGCCGAACUCUUUCCCCUCAACCUCUCCCCCGCCCUCCGCCUCGCCAUCGGCCUCUCCCGCCUUGCCUCCGGCCUCGACUACCCCGACAUCUCCGCCCGAUUCGCCGUCUCCGUUCCCGUCGCCAAAUUCUGCGUCAAGCAACUCUGCCGCGUCCUCUGCACCAACUUCCGCUUCUGGGUCUCCUUCCCCAACCCCUCCGACCUCCGCUCCGUCUCCCAAUCCUUCCAAUCCCUCUCCGGCCUCCCCAACUGCUGCGGCGUCGUUUUCUGCACCCGCUUCCAAGUAGUCAACGCCCACACCAACUCCUCCUCCCGCGUUGCCGCCCAGAUUGUCGUCGAUUCCUCCUUCCGGAUUCUCACCAUCGCCGCCGGCUUCCUCGGAGACAAAACCGAUUCCCAAAUCCUUAAAUCCUCCACUCUCUUCAACGACAUCGAACAGGGAACCCUCCUUAACGCACCAUUUACCCAGUACCUCAUCGCCGAUUCCCAAUACCCUUUGCUCCCCUGGCUCAUCGUUCCUUUCGCCCAACCCCUCCCCGGCCCCCUCCAAGCCGAUUUCAACGCCGCUCAUGCAACCAUGCGCCUCCCUGCGCUCCGAACCGCCGCCAGUUUGAGGAAUUGGGGGGUCCUCAGUCGACCCGUUACCGAGGAGCUUAAGAUGGCCGUCGCGUAUAUCGGCGCGUGUUCCAUUCUUCAUAAUAGUUUGCUCAUGAGGGAGGACUUUUCGGCUUUGGCUUCGGGGUUUGAGGAUUCUGACAGUGGCCCGUGUGAUUCGCUGGAGGGUGAGGCUGUGUCGUCCAAGGCUUUGGCUCUGCGUGACACCCUGGCUAAGAAACUUGAUGAUUCGAGGAAUUCUUGA